AUGAAAGCUAAGUUCAUUCGUAUCUUUCGCACGUCAAGCUCCGAACGCUUUUUGCUGCAUGAUCUGACCGGCGAAGAGAUGGGCAUGCUCGACGUCCAUUUUCUGGCCGACGGUACUGUGGCAGGCAAUUUGUUUCUCGUCGCAUCGAAAGUGACCGAUGAAACAGGUAUCCGGGUAUUGCUGGAACAGAUUGACGAACAAUUGGUCCCCGCCGCGAGCAUGGAAGACGCGAAUCUAUCGUUUACCGUCACGCAGGGCGAACUGGAGAUGCUCAUGCGACGUUCGUCGUUGGUUGCUGCCGCCGGUGUUGUUCUGACAUUGUGUGCCAGCGUGGUUUAUGCUGUCGAUUUGCCAGGCUUUUCGGCCGGUGAAGUGGAAUUGAAGUCGGCCGGACCGCUGUCGUUCGCGCCAGACAAUGUCCUGAUUGUCGGCGAUCCAAAAGCGGCCACCGUCUAUGCCAUUCAGUUGGAUAAGUCGGCCGCUAAAUCAUCGACAGAUUUGCAGAUGCCAAUUCCCGACGGAGUAAGCGUCGCCGACUUGGCCGUCAGCCCCGAUACCGGAGUGAUCUAUCUUUCGGUCACCGAAAACGGCAAGCCAGGUAUCGUUCGUGUGGAUGGCGAAAAGCUUGUGCCA